AUGAACUCCUAUAAAAUACAGUUAUAUAUUCUUCAAUUCCCGAUAGAUUAAAGAUACUCAUUGUUAUUAAAUAUAUAAUAAACUAAAAACAACAAAACAUAUUAAGCGAUUGAUUCUGAUGCUUUUUAUUCUAAACUGCCUUACUAAAAUAUAUAUAUCUAGUAGAUUAACAAAAUUACAAUAGAUGUCCAAUAUAAAUAAAUCUGCAAUUAUACUCAUUAAAAUAGAGUAAGUUUUAAUUACUCAAUUUACGUAAUAGAAUAACCAAACCCAAAGAACUAAUGCAUAUUCCCUUACUUUUCAUUGAAAUGCGAUAAAUAAAUAGACUAGCAAUAAACAUCACUAAAAUCCUUUACAGUUCCAAACUAGAGUUGGAUCUAUAUGUAUUAUAUGCUCGAUAAGACUAACUACACAUUGUACUUGGAGAAUAACGAAUCUGACAUUGGAAUCUCCUUUGUUUUAGCAGAUACGCCCUAUCAAACCGAAUUGCCCUCUUUCAAUUCCUAUUUUACCAUAAUACCAUAGCUUUACUCUUACAAAGUGGAUUUAAAGAGAUAAGAGUUCGAAACAAAUUACAUAAUCGUGAUAGGAAUUUAUAACUUUAAUAUUACAUCCUAGGCUAGAAUGACAAUGUACUUGGAGGAGAUAAGUAACGAAUCGGAUUCCUUUCCUCUGUGGGCAAUUUUAGUGAUUGUGGGCAUUCUUCUAUUAGCUUUAUUAAUAAUUUCAUCCAUUUACAUUCAUUUGAGAAAAUAAUUUAAAGUGAUAGCUUCGGAAGUUCCAGCUUUAAAUAGAGAGACUUUGGAUGAGUAUAUGCCAGCCAAGAAGGCAAUAACUGAGAUAAUAGGUGAGGAAUGCUGUGUAUGUCUCAAUGCAUAUAAAAAGGAUGAAUUUGUACGAGAAUCCAUAUGUCACCAUAUAUUUCAUGAUUAAUGCUUAUCUGAAUGGACUAAGAAGAAUACUAAUUGUCCUGUCUGCAGAUAGGAAUUCUCGGAAAGUGAACUGAAAAGGUUAUUGUAGACAUAGAAACAAACUGAGAGUAGUCCAUUCAACAGACACGCACAAAAGUCUCCCUUCGUUAUAAAAUAUUAAAGUCUAAGAGUCAUUCAAUCUCAGUAACAAUAACCAAGGAACUACCCAGAUGAUUCAAUCUAAUAAUUAAAAUAAGGGGAGAUAUCAUUGUAAGAGAAUUCUGUUUAACCUUUCUAAAGUUAAUGA